CUCGGAGCGAGGAGGCAGAGGGCCGGAGAAGGCGGAGGACCGGAGCGACGGGCCGCGUUCUGGACCCCGUCGUGUUCGCGUCCUCCUGGCGGAUCCCGCAUAAAUGUUGAAAAUAUUUCCUGUGAAGCAUAAGAACCUGUGAUUGUGGAAGCACCCCCACAAGCACCAUUAACUGUCAAGGGAGGAAAAGUAUGAAAGAGGCAUCCAGUUGAUUCUACAAUUUGAAGACCACCGCAUCCUCCAGAGUAUCCAGGAUGGAUCUGCACCGAAGCACCACCGUCACUUUCCUUGAGAAAUGGUGUUCUGAUAGGUCACCAUCUGGCUGCAGGAGACAUUAUAAUAUCAGGAAAAAACUGAAGUUAAUUCGAAUCUUAGGCCUUUUCAUGGGCCUGGUAGCCAUUAGCACUGUCCCAUUUUCAAUCAGUGCCUUUUCUGAGACAGAGACACAGAGCCCAGGAGAGGCCAGUGGUGCCAGUGGCCCUAGGGUAGCACACAGUUACCAUCAGAGAACUCUCCUAGAUUUAAAUGACAAUAUUCAAGACUACACUCCACAGCCACCUCUUUCUCAGGAAGGCAAAUCUGAGAACAGUACUGCAGAUCAUGCCCAAGGAGACUACCCAAGAGACAUCUUUUCCCUCGAGCAGCGCAGAAAGGGCGCCAUCAUUCUCCAUGUCAUUGGAAUGAUCUAUAUGUUCAUAGCCUUAGCCAUUGUCUGCGAUGAGUUCUUUGUUCCUUCUUUGACUGUCAUCACUGAGAAGCUGGGCAUCUCUGAUGAUGUGGCUGGAGCCACCUUUAUGGCUGCCGGGGGCUCGGCCCCAGAACUUUUCACAUCUCUCAUAGGGGUGUUUAUUGCUCACAGCAAUGUUGGCAUUGGCACAAUUGUGGGCUCAGCGGUGUUCAAUAUCCUCUUUGUCAUUGGCAUGUGUGCUCUGUUUUCUAGAGAAAUCUUAAACCUGACAUGGUGGCCACUCUUUCGGGAUGUGUCCUUUUACAUCAUUGACUUGAUCAUGCUGAUCAUAUUUUUCCUGGAUAAUUUUAUCAUGUGGUGGGAAAGCUUGCUUCUCUUGACAGCUUACUUUGGCUAUGUGGUUUUCAUGAAAUUCAACGUCCAAGUAGAAAGAUGGGUGAAGCAAAUGAUAAAUCGCAACAAGGUCGUCAAGGUGACAGCACCAGAGGCCCAAGCAAAGUCAUCUACAGCCAGGGACAAGGAUGAACAGGCUCUACCGGCUAAGCCGCGUCUCCAGCGAGGUGGCAGCUCUGCCUCCCUCCACAACAGUCUCAUGAGGAAUAGCAUCUUCCAGCUCAUGAUACACACCCUGGACCCACUCGCUGAAGAACUUGGAUCAUAUGGAAAACUAAAAUAUUAUGACACAAUGACUGAAGAAGGGAGGUUCAGAGAAAAGGCUUCAAUUCUCCACAAGAUCGCGAAGAAAAAAUGCCAGGUGGAUGAGAACGAGAGGCAGAAUGGGGCUGCCAAUCACUUGGAAAAAAUCGAGCUCCCAAACAGCACCAGCACAGACGUGGAAAUGACACCAUCCAGCGAUGCUUCGGAACCUGUUCAAAAUGGAAAUCUCUCCCACAGCAUCGAAGCUGCGGAAGCCCAGACCACAGAGACUGGUGAAGAUGAGGAGGACCAGCCUCUCAGCCUGGCCUGGCCUGCGGAUCCCCGCAAACAAGUCACAUUCCUCAUUGUCUUGCCCAUCGUGUUUCCUCUCUGGAUUACCUUACCUGAUGUCCGCAAACCUUCAUCAAGGAAGUUUUUUCCCAUCACGUUCUUUGGCUCCAUCACCUGGAUCGCAGUGUUCUCUUACUUGAUGGUCUGGUGGGCACAUCAGGUUGGAGAGACAAUUGGCAUUAGUGAAGAGAUUAUGGGUCUGACCAUCUUGGCUGCUGGGACAUCCAUCCCUGAUCUUAUCACCAGUGUCAUAGUGGCCCGGAAGGGGCUCGGGGACAUGGCUGUAUCCAGCUCUGUUGGAAGCAACAUUUUUGACAUCACUGUAGGGCUCCCACUGCCCUGGCUCCUGUACACCGUCAUCCACAGAUUCCAGCCCGUGGCCGUCAGCAGCAACGGCCUCUUCUGCGCCAUCGUCCUCCUCUUCAUCAUGCUGCUCUUCGUCAUCCUCUCCAUCGCCCUCUGCAAGUGGCGGAUGAACAAAGUGCUGGGCUUCAUCAUGUUCGGCCUCUACUUCGCGUUCCUCGUGGUCAGCGUCCUCCUCGAAGACAGAAUUCUUGUGUGCCCUGUCUCCAUCUAACAGGAACAGCCGUAUCUUGAGCCAACAGCAUGGAUGGCCCCUCCCGGCUCUGGGUGGUAGGCUCCUUGAUCUCCGGAGAAGAGGCAGCUGGCACACAGCCCUGGGCAUGUCGCGUGUCCCUCCUGGCGGAUUCCGGAGGGGUGGAUUCUCGCUGGGCCCACGCACUUCGCGGGCUGCUCCCGUCUGUGCCUACUGAAACGGCUUCAUGCGAGAGACGGGGAGAACCGACCUCGGGGGGCUUCCGUCCCCGCACCGCUGACAGGUACUCCUUGCUGGUCAGAGGUAACGUUCCUUGUUACAAUGCAAACAAUGACGGAGGCAAUAUAUAUACGUGUAAAAUAUACAUAUUAUAUAUAGAUGCACAUGAACACACCCCUGCCUGUUCCUGUAGUGUACCUCUUCCUGUAAGUACACCUAUAGAGUAGUACAUACCUGUAUACAGACACAAAGAAGGAAAAAUUAUAUAUAUAUAAAAUCGUAUAUAUAUAUAUAUAUAAAUACAACUGCAUCUUUUCAGGGAUAGCGCUAGUAUAUUUAUAGUACCUAUCUGAAGAGGGGCAUCAACCUUCGGUCUGAGCUUUACCUCUUAAGUGCAAGAGGUGAACUAAGAGAAUCAUUGCUGUGACCUUCAGCUGACCUUGGACACCCUGGGAUUCUGCCUGGUAAGGUGAAUAUUUUCAGAAAACAAGUUGCAGGAGGGAGGGUUGGGUGGAGGGGGUCUGUAGGGACCCUGAACAGAGUCCUCCAGGACAUUCCCACAAGCCAAACCGGGAAGACCAUCCGUCUACCCCAGCUGGGGUACACGGAACCCACAGGGUUGUUGGGACAUUCAGAGGUGAAAACCCAGACUGGGUGGAUACUGGUUUGGGGCACAGAGAGGUGACCAGGGUUGGGUUUGGGGCUUUUUUUUUUAAUACUUCCCCAGCAUGCAAGUAGAAAAUGUAAUUGCAAACCAAAUUAGUGCUCUUCCAGGACAGCAAGACUACAUAAACUGAACCUAGAUUGUCCCAACGCAUGUCCUGUUAUCAUCAAAAGAAGGGGGCAAGUUUAGCUGUGACUGUCAUUUAGACAUAUUUUGAUGCUAAGGGCUCAUAUAUAAUCAAAAUAUCUGUCGAGAGAGCCUGAAUAUGCACUGAGAAACACCAUCCAGUAGAGGUGCUCAGUGGAACUUGCCCCCGAGUGGGAACGUGAGGGCAUAGUUUUUUAAAUCAUCUUCCAGUGUGGUCGUAAAGGGCUUCAAUGACUGAAGAAAUCAUUAUUCCUCCAACCAGUAGAAAGAAUUAAAUUGACUCAGAUCAAUACUGCUUGGUUUCAGGCAGCUGCUUGGAAAGUCGUUUGCUCUCUAGGAAGGUUUCUGAGUCCUGUGUCUAGUGGUGCCAGGACCAGGAUUUGGUUAAAGCCCAUGCUAUGCAGGUGUCUCUCCUGCCAUCAGGGCCCCACCUGGGACUCUUUCUAGCUUCCAGAGGAGUCUGCAGACAGCAUUCAACAGCUUCUUUACUCUGGCUUCCAGCCAGUCACUCCAAGGUUUUGAUUUCCAGAGCAUUCAUAGGACAUUUUCAUUUCAUUCAUUCAGUGCCCCCAAGUUCUAUUUGACACCUUGUAUGAUUCCCCAGGUCUGUGUCUAUAGAAAAUAAAACUAGCAGGGAAAAAAAUUAGGCAGACUGAAUUGGUGAAACAUAAGCAGAGUUUUUCAUUUCCCCAAGUCAUUUCCUUAAAGUCAAUUGAAAAAGUGGCGGACGGCCCAUUAUUCUAUAGCCAUCCUGCAUCUAAGUUAGCACAUACUGCGUGUGGGGAACUGCACACCUGUCUUCUUCUCUCCUGUCUGUUGUGUCACUGAUGCUGCUGUGACUUUGUGGUGAGCACAUACCUCCUAACACAGGGAGGCAGGAUGCCGAACUCACAACUAAAUAAAGAGGAAGGGGGACCUAAGAGCCCUGGAGCAAGUUCAGUAUUCCUUCCACAAAACCUCAGCUCACUGCACGGAGCCUGGCAGCAACAGGCAGUGCCCACCGUGGCGCUUCUGAGUGGCCGCCAUCUUGGUUUCAGUCUCUCCAACUUCGCAAAGUCAAGAGUUUGGUUGUCUGAGAGAAACCCAUGUCUCAUUCAUCAAGGGCAGGAUUUUGUGUUGAGGCAAAAAUUUGUGCUGUUUCCUUCAAGUGAAGAAUGAGUAGGUGAACAUUUAGUUAACUCUGGUGGUUUUCCCUGUGCGUUACUUGAAGGGGAGCAGAGUUGUUUAUUGUGUGAAUAUGUAUUAUUGACUGGUUUAUCAAUUUGAAAGGUGGUUUGAACAGGUGACUCUGACUCAACUGCAGAUAGAUUCUGUAAAAGCAGAAAGGAUGCGGGAGGUCCGGUGUAGCUUGUUCCUUUUCCAGCUUCCCCGUGCUCUCCCUGCCCCCUCACUCUUUCCCACUCAUUUCCAGCUCACAGUGGAGACUCAUCUGAGCAGCCAUGGAGCAUUUUACUUGCCUGGGAGCUUCCCUUCCGAGGGAGGGUUGUGGUCAUUUGUGACAAGUUGCGUUUGAGAAGACACUGUUUCCCAGCCCAGUUCCCACCUCAGUGGUGUGCAGUGUUCCCUCACUGGCUGGUCUGCAGGCACCCUCUCCUCGCCACUGCUUGCCCUUGCUUUUCCUCUGUAAAGUGUCUGUGAGGUUAUGUGUUUGCCUGCCUUGGGUAAAUCCAGAGAGACGUGUACGUAUAGAAUGCAACCAUGGAUUUUUAGGGAGGGAAAUAGAUCAGUGGUAGAGUGCAUGCUUAGCAUGCAUGAGGUACUGGGUUCAAUCCCCAGUACCUCCAUUAAAAAAAAGAAUUAAAACAGUGGAUCUUAAAAAGCAUUUGAAUCUUUAACAUAAUUAUAAGAAUCUUCCACAAUGUGGUUUCCUGAGUAGAUCAUCUCUAAUGCCUUUCCUGCAUGCCUGUGUAGAUACAUAUAUAAACAAAUGUCUUCAUACCUGAUCUAUAUAUACACACACAAUACCACUCACAUCAUCGCCCUCUGAUCCAGUCACACUCAGGAUUCAAAAGCAGGAGCACUGAAGUGUGCCUUAGUGAAGGGAAAGGAAAACUGUGUGCACCAGCGACCCAAGGGAACAUUUCUUCCUGAUCCCAUGAGGUUUGGUCUUUGCCCAGGUACAGGCCAACAGACACAUAUGCACCCGCCCCAUGUAUUUUCCUGCCCCAGGAACAGAUUUGCAGCCUUAUGGAAAUGGCCAGCCAGUUCCCUAACGCUGAUACAGAGGCAAAGAAUGCACAACAGCAAAGCACAGGGGGAGAAGAUUCAGACUACAGAUACCCUCUUCGCUUUUCUGGAGCAGAGUAUAAAAUAAUAACAAAAAUUCAAAAGCCAGCCUCCUACUGUCCAAUCUAAAAUAAACGAGCUGUGCCCAAAUGGUUCCAUUUACCUGCAGCGAGCCCGGUAGGUCUUGCUUGUUGUCACCUCUCCUGUCAACCUGGGCCGUCUCAGGACAGGAGAGCAACUUGGCUCACGCUGAGAAUACCCAGACAGAACCUUCUAAAUCGCAUCCGGGAGUGCGCACGCUGAGUCCAGCUGCGCUCUGAACCGGACUAGUUCCUGAAGAACAGAAGCUGGAGAUUAGAUGGUGUUUAUGCAGCUUCCCGGACCUAAGCUGAGCCAGGCUGUGACAGAUCAGGAAAACACAGUAACUUACAGAGACGAAGGACGAGGGUUGUUUUAUCAAACUGGUCGAUGCAGCAGAAUUUCCUAGCGCCUUGCCCAGGAGAUUAUAAAAAGACACAGGGACUGUUUCAUAUUUGGGGAAAAUGCUUUGUAAGGCUUCUAACAGGUGUCAGCUGACAGGGGCCAUUAUAAUUUAUUUUCUCGGGAAGACGUGAAUCAGGUGUUUGGAGCCCUUUCAGCAAAACACAGCUGCCUCGCUGAUGAGACAUUCGAUAAUAUUAAUGCACAUCAUUGCUGGGCAGGGAGGAAGUUGGCAGACUCCCCACCGUUGCUCACAGCUCUUCAGCUCCUCAGUACCAUGGAGAAAGGAGACGAGCUAUCAAGGGAAGCCCCCCUCCCAGACGGCCUUAACAGAAAGCUGAGCAGGGAAGUGACAACAGAAAGAGCUGCUGGCCAGAUGGGCAGCUGGAGAAGGGGGACUCAUGUUAAACGCUCUGCUGAAACUGCUGGAUUGGGAUGUCUGAUACGGGUCUGACGACCCAUCUGAAUGCAGGCAUCUCAGCCAACGUCAGUGUGCUUUCUUUCUUUCCUACAUCUGCCAACACACACUCGUGCACACACGCACACACACGAUUGUGAGGGUGCCAUGCUUCCUUACACCUGGACAGAUUAUUACUCCAGUAAUUAAGUGUCUAUACUGGAAGUGGCAACUCUGUUCUAGAAAAAAUAAAGGGAAGCUGUUCUCAAGGUGAUUUCUGGAGAAAUCAGCUGUCUCCUGAAAGCUUGUUACAGAGGCUAACGCUCAUUCUUGCUAAGCCAGUAUCUUACAUAACCACCUGGCUUAAUAUUUUUAAAAGCCACAUCCUCAACUCCUAUACAUCCCUUCUCAAGACUGUCUUCAAUUAGUAGGUACGGGCUUGUCGUGAAGAGAAAGUGAAAAAGCAAAGAAUGAGGAGAGAUAAGAAAGGAGAAAUUCAUUUACUUUUACUAAGAUUCCCAAAAAAGCAAGUGUCGCAUUGAUAUAUAUCCCUGUGUAGUUUAAAAUAAUUACAAGUGUCGGGCUUUUUUUUUUUUACCCAAUUUACAUAAGCCUAUAUAGAUUCCCAGAUAAAAAUAUAUUCCCUUCUCAAGAAGGCCUUGGGAAGAAAGGUAAGGGGCCUCCACUGCCUAUUUAAGUUCUCUCCUUGCCUCUGUAGCUUUUAUGUUUCACUUUUAAUCUCAGCGUCCCAUUCUUGGAGAUACCUUGCAAAUGAGAAAAGCCAGGAAGGGCACACUCACAGCCAGCUCAACGCCAUUACUUGUCCAUAGCGCAUCACAGUCUUUUUUUUUUCCACUUCACUGGGAGCUUUGAAACGCACGGGCUGGGAGAGUCCUUCUGUAGGAGGGGGGUCCGAGCAUAGAUGUUCCUGGUAUAACCCAGCUCCACCACCUCUUCACAUUAACAACCAUCAGUGUCAGGGAAAUCUUCCUUCAGGUUAACCCCAGCCCUUCAAGGUGAUGAGUUCACCUAUUUUCUUCUUACUGGCAGAGAAGAGCUGCACUGGGGCCCUCCUCACUAUUUACCCCCGGCAGAGCUGGGAGUCUCUACUAGGUGACCCUUUAUCUAUUUUCAUCAAAGGUAUCUUUAGAUUUUUAUUUCUGAGUCUUUUUCUUCAAUCUGCCUAAUAAUUUUUAAAUUCUUCUCUACUAAGUCUUUUAGAAUGCCAUAUGUUGCUCUGAAAUCUUGGAACCUUUUGACUAAUCAGAACACAAGGAUAAAGUCUGAACAGGGCUGAAUGACAGCCUCAAACCCAAUGCUUUGCUGUCUUUUUAUGCAGCCCUCUGUGGUCCUUACCUUUAGAAAGUCACACUUCAUUGCUACUUCACAUUAACCUUGUGUUCCCUGUGACUCCUGUACAUUUCUCCAAGACGUUCGGAUGAAGGCAGUGUGUAUCUCAGCUUGGCCCCGUGCACUUGGAUGGGUGUGUCCUGCCUACCAUGAGCCCCUCUCCAUUGGGCCUUAUUGAGUCUCAGCCUGUUUCUUUCCAACCCCAACUUCCAGCUUUCCAGUCCAGGUUGGGCCUGGUGCUUACUCGCCUUCCAGGUUCUCACCACCAACCUCCCCACUUUACUUGGGCUUGGCAAGUCUAAUGAGCAUUUUCUCACAUCUCACAUCUCGCAUCUUCACAUUAAGGUGAAGAUUCAAAAAUGCUAGACCCCUGCCCCCAACAACUUAUGUCUUGUGUAAUUGACUACUAGUGGUAGGGGAAAUCCCUCCGAACUGAUACCAAGAUGUGUACAGAAUUCACAACCACAAGAGAGUGAGUCACGGAAGUACCUUAAGAGCAUCAGUAGGCUUCGACUCAGCAGGUACUACCAGGCACCUGUCCUCUGGUGAAGAGUGUGAACACUGGGUGAGGCAUCGUCUGGAGGCCUUGGUGAGGUCAAGCUCAGCUGCUUCAUUUUUAAGGUCCUAAUCCCAUACUCACAAAGGCCCCAGAAUGGGGGAGACACCACUGGAGAUCAUUCAGGAACUCUGGACUGCACUUACCUGCACUGACUUACCAAAAGGAAUUUGUAUUUUUGCUCUCAGUGGGAAAUGGGAGAAAUGGUUGGACCACCUCUCAUCACCCAGCAUUGCAGCGCACUUAACUUCCUCGUGCGGUGGGUUGGGUGGGAAUUGUAAGAUUGCUAAUUGAGGUCCUGGCCUGGGACAAUGGGCUACAGUUCUCCGGGACAAUGGGCUACAGUUCUCUGGGACAAUGGGCUACAAUUUGCUCCUGGAUCUAGAAGUAACUAAGGCCUUGGGACUGACAGAAAGCACUCAGCUAACUGAAAGAGUACACUAAUUUUUUUAAAUCGUGUCAAAAAGAAUAAUGAAUGAAGUCUGAAUCCCUGAAUAAAAUAAUUUUAAGGCUGAAAUUACAUGCAUGAAUUAAGGAUAGAUAAUUCCUUGCCAUUUAAUUAACCAAAUCUCCAAUUCGCAUCAGGAUAAAACUGAAGGACAAUGGAUGCCUUUUGGGUUUUUUAAUUUUUUAAUAUUGCACUUUAUAGUACUUCAUAAGAGACGAUUGUCUUAAUUAAAGCCAUAAAAUACCAGUAAUACAUAUAUUCAGGGCUUCUGAAUACAGUCAGUCAGUAAGCAGUCCAUGAGUCAUUCCUCUUUUGUAUUGUUUGUUGUAAAUUGGAGUUUAUCUGUUCUAUUUUUCAAGGCGUACAAUUACUGUUCUAGACAAUCCUAAUCUCCAGAUAAAAUUUAGGUGUGUACUUUAAUAAGACUAAAAAUCAGAGAAAUGGUUCAUUUCACAAAAGCACUCUUCACUCUCAAAAUAGCUUGUUACACAUUUCCUUUAAAUAGCAAGUUCUGAUGCUACAUUGAAAGUAUUUCCUUUUUUAAGUUACAGAUUUACUGUUUUCAGGAGUCCAUUUGUUAUAUAAAGCAAGGUUCACCCAUAUGGAGAGUGAAAUGGAUAAUUAGCAAAUAUUUACUUGGAAAAUUUAAGGUUUAUUUGAGUUUAUAUAAAUACAAGACGGAUCUAAGAAGUUCCCUUAUAAAAAUGGCAAGUAGAGAUACACAGUUUAUCAACUUCUUAUGCCUAAAUUACAAACCUUCCUCGGGAGGACUUGUAAAACAGAAGACUUCAUAAUGUGUUGGGGUUUUUUUUUCCCUUUUCUGCUAAAAUACUCAAUUUCUGGCCUCCUAUGGUAGAAUACUUACACACAUAUACACAUAGAUGUUCCCACAACUCAAAACUUCUAAUGUUUCACUCCAUCACAACUGUUUAUAUGAUUUGAGUGAAAGCUGAAAGAAUGACUAAAAGGCACUAAGCCUAGAAAUCGCCACCUCCGAGGUACCUAAGUUGUCAAUGUAGAGUAAAUACAUGUGUUAAAUUGAACGACCCCAUCAACUUUAUGUUUAAAUGGCCAUUUGCCCUAAAGAAUGAUUGUCUGGAGCCAGAGCCAAUGACGUUUUGAUGUUUCUGUUUGGGGCUGUUUUGUGGUCUGAAGCAUUUCUCCAAAGGGCAGAAACUCCACCUGGAAGAGGGAGCCUCACUGGCAGAUAGUCCUGUUGAACCCUGCACACAAAGUUUAUAUUUGUGUCCUGCAUCUAGCCUGGAUGCUUUUCUUCUGCUCCAGUUUUCAAAAACUCCAGAAGCAACAGCUUCCAUCAACAAGAAAUCCACAGUCUCAAAAGAGCCAUAAGAGGAGUGAAAAGUAGCUUCCUGGUUUAAUGAAGUGGCUGCUAGAAGUAAAGGAAAGGUUAAUUAUACUACUUUUGUUCUUCGCAUAUUGUUAAAACAGAGACAAUGUUGUCAGCAUUGACCCCAGCGUAGGCAUUUGCCCUUAACUUGUAAACUGUUUUUUGGGCACGUUAAUUACAAACAUCAGAACGCCAUUUUUGUAAAGGAUCUUUUUAGGGAUAGAUGUCAUCUCAUGCUUCCUGUCUGCCUCCGUUUUAAAGAAGUGUUUUAACCUCUAUCUUGACCCCUCCAAGAAUCCAGCUGAUGCACUUCCAAGUUACUUUUGUCAUUUUGUGUGUGUUUUGUUUGUAUGAGCAAUUUUCACUGGAUGAUGAGAUGUAUGGAGAUUUUGCGUCGGUUUAUUCUCUGUGAAUAUGUCUGUACAUAGACCGAAAGCUAUAUUUAUUUGUACAUAGGCUGUUUGGAUUAAUGUGUUUCUGUCACAUGGACUUACCCUGAUAAAGGGUACUUCUUCACUGUGUUCAUGUUACACUUUCCACACCUUUGUGCUUCUACUACUGAUAAUCAACUCAUAGAAUAUCUCACUUUCUGUAACUAAGUCUCCUCGGUGUGAAAAGUAAUAGUAAUAAAAUUAUUGACUCGAA